UGCUCUCCUGUAACCCGGAAGUUUUGAAUCCAGCAGGAGAGUUGCGGGAAUCCCGCGGAGCUUCUUGUUUUGAUCUGUUGACUGGUUUUGGCCAUCAUUUAAAAGUUUUCAAAUAGUUUAUUCUCCGAACCUUUUCCUGCUCGUAUUUCCCCCAGAAACAAACAUUUAAAUCUUAUCCCGUUCCUGUGCCGAAAAACAAGCAGGGUGUCUGGGAAGAGUCGCUCUCAGUCCCGCCCCAGAGCAAAGCCUCAUGUCCGGCUUCGGACUGGUUCGGGUGGACAGCGGUGAUGUAGUCCCGCUGCCGCCGGGUGAGACGGUGCUGGGUCGGGGUCCCUUGCUCGGGAUCAGUGACACCAGAGUUUCCAGACACCACGGGCUGCUGGAGAACCUGAACGGACAGCUGCGACUCAAACCGACCCACCUGAAUCCCUGCUUCAUCCUGUCCUCCCUGAACGAUGACCCCCGACCCCUGGAGAGAGGCUCCUGGCACCCGCUUCAACACGGAGACCUGUUCUCUCUUAUGCCGGGUCGCUUCAUCUACAGGGUGGAGGCCGUGGGCGGGGAGGAGAGCACACUCAGAAACAGUCAGAACUUAGAAGAAAAAGAAGAGGAAGAGCUUCCUGUUCCCACUGGAUCCAUCGUGGAGGCGUGUCCUGCGGUUGGGCCGCAGCAGGAACGGAUUUCAGAUCCGAAUGGAAUCCAACCUGGAACAGGUUUCAAAGAGGAUAAUUCCACUCGACGGCCACGGAACAAUAAAAGCGAGGAGUCUCCACCUGCUCCAAGGAGGAGAGUUUUACCUGCGUGGAUGAUGGCAGCUGCUGCUCCAAAAGUUCAGCCUGCUGUGAAGAAGCGUGAACAGGCGUCUGCAUCCUCAGCCACACAGGCUCCGCCCACUAUAUCCUCCUUACCGACAGGGGUGGAGCUUCAUGAGGAGGAGGAAGAGGAGAGGCCACGGAAGAAGAGAAGAAAGAUGAGAGGAGAGGAAGAACAUUUACCAACAGAGACGGAGGUGCUUUCAGAGGAACCAGACUCCAGAAUCCAGACCAAACCCAGUGGACCAGGAGUCUGCUCUGAAGCUGACCAUCCCAGUAUGGAGCUGGACGAUGAAGGUCCAUCACAAACGUCUGAAAGGAUAUCCCAGAAAGAGGAGAAGCUCUCGGACCGAGUCAGAACGGCUUGUCCAUAUGGGAAGGACUGCUACAGAAAGAACCCUCUUCAUUUCCAAGAGUGCAGUCACCCAGGAGACGACGACUAUGAGGAGGAGGAGGAAGAGGAGGAUGGGGAUCGACCAGAGUGUCCGUAUGGCACUGACUGUUACAGGAAGAAUCCCCUCCACAGGAAGGAGUUCAAACACACAAAGAAACCUGCUCGUUCGACUCGAAACGUGACGAAAAAUUCUCCAGACGAAGAUGUCUCUGAAGAUGACGACAGCUUCAUUAACGACGACAGCGACGACCUCGGCAACGACUCGGACUACCUGCCUCCUCGCUCAGACGACAGCGAGCAGGAGGACGUCCAGAGACUGCAGAAGGAGGCCAAGGUCUUCCUGAAGAAAGGAGGGAGGUAGAGGGAGGAAGAACAGCUGGUGUUUCAGCCAGUUUAAAGGGACAGUAGGGGAAGACAAGUCCUCGAUUCACUGAAAAUAAAGACUGAGCUGCUUUCAGAAUCAAACCAGGUCCCAUGAUCCAGUCUGUCUAAUCUUUGCCUCCAUGAUUCAUGAUUCAUUGAUUGUUCACUGAUCUAAUGAUAGUAGGAAAAACAUUAAAUGAAUCAAAUGCAAAGAGGAUAGAAAUGUUUCACAUUCCUGGAUUUAUUUACACCAAACAUGACAAAAAGAUUUGAAGCCUUGCACCAGCAGAAAAACACAAAAAUGUUUUUUUUAUUUAACAGGGUUCAGAUCCGUAAAAAGUCUUAGAAGGCAUUGAAUGCUAAAUAUAAAUCUAAGGCCUUAUUGGUAUUAAAAAAUCUUAAAUCAGUCUUUCAUAGUUCUUAACAUUUGUAAGAUUUUAUUAUUGCAGUCCAUAUGAAAUGUUAAAAUAAUUGACAAUAAUUUCUUUUAUAUUUACCAAACGGCUCGCUGUAACCAUUAUUGGUUCCAUCCCGAUAGCGGAACCAAUAAAAACAAUGCUGCGGCGGGUUUAGGUACCAGAUCAGCUCGGAUCCUGCACAUGCCAGUGAUGUUUAGCCAGUCUCAUCUAGCCUUUAUUAUUCAGCACUUUGG